UUUAGAAUAAAUACAGAAUGUACUCUUUGGCUUGACAAUCAAAAUUUAAAAUGUAUUCUCAAUAAAAUUACAAUAACAUCAAUGCUUCUCUUGUAGUUUUUGAAUGUAACGGCCUGGGACUGUUGACUGAUUGGCCUGAAUUGAUGUGGCAACGCCAUCAGCGCUAUCUUUUGAAUGGCAUGAAAGUAUCGAUACCAUUGGCACAUCACACAUCAAAUAGAUAUCGAUAUUAAUAUACGUACGUGUCCAAAAUCAGCUGCGUCGUAGCAAACAAACAAUGCGGUGAAUAAAUACCUCUUAACUGGCGACAUUAACAAAUUAAUAUACUGACGAAAUCGGUGGGAGUUAGUUGCAAAAAACCAGUAGCAGAGUAGAGAAGAACUAUGACAAGUACACAUAAAUUGCGGCGCAAGGCGUUAGCGAGCAGUGGCCUAGCAAUCGCUUUGCUUGUUCUGUUAUAUUGGACCGAUUUUACGGGCGGCUAUUUUGCAGCUCUCGAUGAAGCUGAAACGAACAAGAAUUGUUUUUGUGAGCUCGAAGGUUCUAUUAACGAUUGCAGCUGUGAUGUGGACACGGUUGAUCACUUUAAUAACAUGAAAGUCUAUCCGCGUCUUCAGAGCUUAUUAGUGAAGAACUUCUUUCGAUUCUACAAGGUUAAUUUGAAGCAGGACUGUCCCUUCUGGCCGGAUGACAGUCGUUGUGCCAUACGUUUCUGUCAGGUCGAAAACUGCGAGGAACAGGCCAUACCCGAGGGCAUAAAGGAUCAAUCAGAGCAUCGUGAUAAGGCGGCUUCAUUCAAGUACACCCGUGAGGCACAACUGGAGAGCAGAUGCUCGGAUGUCGAGGAUUUUGACAGUGCAUUGGGUUUCCUGGAUACGAGCAUCAGUGAUCAGGCUCAUAGGGAAUUCGAAUUGUGGGCUAAACACGAUGAAGCCGAGGAAGAUUUUUGCAUUGUCGACGAUCAUGAUGUUGAUGCACAGUAUGUGGAUCUAUUGUUGAAUCCGGAACGGUAUACGGGCUAUAAAGGCGAUUCGGCACAUCGCAUCUGGAAGAGCAUAUAUCUGGAGAACUGUUUUGGUGGCAACAACGAAACCGCAAAUAAAUUCUCCAGCUAUAUGCCUCACAUGGAGUUGCGUGAUGUCUGUCUGGAACAACGUGCCUUCUAUCGUAUCAUUUCCGGAUUACACUCAAGCAUUAAUAUACACUUGUGCUCGAAAUAUUUAUUAUCAGAGACAAAGGAUUUCCUAGACCCCCAAGGCAUCUGGGGACCUAAUGUCAAGGAGUUUAAGCGUCGCUUUAGUCCAGAAACAACUAGCGGCGAAGGUCCACACUGGCUACGCAAUCUAUAUUUUAUCUAUCUAGUCGAAUUGAGAGCGUUGGCCAAGGCAGCGCCAUAUUUGAGACGUGAGAAUUAUUAUACGGGAAUCGCCGAGGAGGAUGAGGAAGUAAAGCUGGCUAUGCACGACAUGCUAACGGUCAUAGAAUCCUUCCAAUCACACUUCAAUGAGAAUGCCCUAUUCAGCAGUGGCAUUGCCUCGAUUAAAUUCAAAAAUGAUUAUAAAGAGAAAUUCCGAAAUAUCUCACGUAUUAUGGAUUGUGUUGGCUGUGACAAGUGUAAGCUGUGGGGUAAAUUGCAAACGCAAGGUCUGGGCACCGCACUCAAAAUACUCUACUCGGAAAAACUGAAUUUGGCAACGGAAAGUGGGAUUUGGGACAAGCCACACAUCGAGGCGGAUCCUAUAUUCCGAUUGUCGCGAACAGAAAUUGUUGCGCUCUUCAAUGCCUUUGGCAGAUUAUCCAACAGUAUAUACGAAAUGGAAAAUUUCCGGCGUGUACUCAGAUAGCCAGAUGAAUAGUAAAACGCCCCUUAAAACACGUCACGAGUCAAAAUUCCCUACAUUUCGAGCUCUCUCAUCCGCGUACGACUGCUCAAAGACUUUUAGUUAAUUGAUGCGUACAUCUAUUUAGACAUAAUUUAAUGAUGGAUAUGAUUAGGGCCGGUUUCCCUCCAAAAUAGUUACCAGCAGCAGCCAGAGGCUACCAACCGUGGACAGCUGUAUUAUUGUAUAUAUUGGGAAUGCAUUAAAAAGGUUUAUACGUAGGCUACUUGUACUUUACUACCCCCACCCCUAUUUCCGCUACACAGGUGUAUAUUUUUCAUAUUGUA